UAAUAUCAGGUGCCACGUAGCUUGCAAUUAAAGCAAGCCUUCGAGAAAAGUCUCGAGUCUGGGACUAGGAUAAACUCUAUUUCCAUAGUCAUUGUUCCUUGCUUUAUCCCUUCUUUGUUCUGGAUAACGUUUCACGCCCGGCCACAAUCAUGGCACCCAUCCGAGUCCAUGGAACGCCUUUCUCAACUGCUGUGGGGCGAGUUCUCGCUACCCUGUAUGAGAAAGAGCUUGAAUUUGAGCUUGUUGCGGUAGACAUGAAAGCUGGUGAACAUAAAAAGGAGCCCUUCCUGUCUAUCAACCCAUUUGGUCAGGUUCCAGGUUUUGAAGAUGGAGAUCUAAAGCUCUUUGAAUCAAGAGCAAUCACCAAAUACCUUGCCCAGGAGUAUGCUGACAAGGGGACCCAGUUCAAAUGCGGAGACUCUAAGACAGCAGCAAUCAUAGGGGUGUGGAUGGAAGUGGAGGCACACCAAUUCGACCCGGCAGCUGCGAAGCUUACCUGGGAGCUGGCAAUAAAGCCUCGGUAUGGCUUGAAUACAGACACAGCAAUCGUGGAGGAGCACGAAGCAAAGCUGGCUAAGGUUCUGGAUGUCUACGAGAUUCGACUGGCUCAGUCGAAGUACUUGGGAUGUGACUGCUUCACCUUGGCGGAUCUGCACCACCUGCCCAAUAUACAGUACUUGCUGGGCACUCAAGCUAAAAAGCUCUUUGAUUCCCGUCCCCACGUCAGUGCAUGGGUAGAUGCUAUCACAGCAAGGCCAGCUUGGUCGAAGGUCCUUGCCCUGCAGAAGCAGUAAGGAUAAAGCAGCUGUUUGUCCUCAAUAAGCAUUCAGCACGUGUAUCGUCCUGAUGCAUUCGGUUUUAUAGUAUUAUGGUCUCCUAAGUUCAGUACGAGGACUUGUGUUUUUAGGUUGCUUUGUUAAGAAGUUAAGAGAGUUUUGUCUUCAGUCAUCAUGUUGGAGUUACUAUGUUUAUGAAGUAUAUUUUAAAUAAUUACUCUUGCACGCA